AUGCUCAGGAAGUCUCUAUUCUAUGGAUUACCUGAUAUUCCGAGAUGGAAAAUUAUUCGAUUAAUGGAUUAUGAAUCCAAUUGUGGAAAUGGAGACUUCUCUUUGGGGUUUCUUCCAUUUCUUAAACCAGAAGUUCUUGAGAGAAUUAUAUUCUUCAGUGGAAAAAGAACUAAACUCCAUAUUUUGAAAGAUAUUGUUGAAUUGAAACAAUGGAAGAAGGUGCAGUCUGUAUACAUUUGUCAUGAUCAACUUGAUGUACCAGUUGAAAAUAUUAAACAUCUUUUGUAUUACCAUAAUGAACGACGAAAAACUUCAAUGGAGAUCAAAACAAUUAUUGAGAACUAUUUCGAAUCGAAAUCCUUCGUCAGAGGAAGAUUUAAGUGUCAUGAGAAUCCAUUCAUUUCCGAUUUUGAUAUACCAUUUCAUUUCAAUCCUUCAACUCAAUUAUACAGAUUUCAAAAAGGAGAGUACGAAUUAUAUGCAAGAAUAACAUCUGACGGAUCUGUUUGUAUUCAAAAACACGCAGAUAUUGCUGACCUCGUCGCUAGACACGUCAUUUACAGACAGAAUUUGUUGUUGCGUGGGAAGUGUUACCUACUAGGAAAAAAAGUUCCGUAUAGCUGUGUGAAAUAUGCCUGGAAUCUCCUAGAUUACAUUCAUAAGGAUGAUGUGUUCAAGGAAGAGAGUCGUCAAGUGAAAGUGGCCACGUGUGUUUGGUUUGCAGUUUUCGGCGUUCCUGUUGAAGAAAUCCGAAAAUUCCUCAGAAUGCUAAAGGAAUGGUUGAACGAAGUUCCUGCACAGAGUGUUAUAGAAAUUUGUGGGUUGUUAGGAUUAUCUGAAUCAUUCAAAGAGAUCGCAGUAGGAAUUGCUCGAAGGGCGACUGCAAAAAGAUUGUUUUUCGGUAGAAAUCAGUUUAAUACAGCCGCUGCCACAAUCUACAUGACAUCUAAAGUGUCUUCCGAGAAACGGACAAUAAUAGAGAUUGGAGAGAAGACUAGGACUGGAGUGGCAUCGAAUCUCAAAUUAUUCGAAAUAAUGUGGGCUGAAAAAGCUGAAUUGUUACCAGAAUAA